AUGACCGGUGACGAGAUCAGGAGUUCUUAUAUUCAAUUUUUCGAGGGCAAGGGCCACCUUCACAUGCCCAGCGCUUCUCUGAUACCUGCGGGUGACCCCACGCUGCUCUUUACGAGCGCCGGGAUGGUGCCCUUCAAGCCUUUUUUCAUGGGUGAACAAACCCCUCCCAGUCGCCGCAUGACGAGUUCCCAGAAGAGCUUUAGGACCACUGACAUUGACGAAGUCGGGGAUCACAAGCACCUGACAUUUUUUGAAAUGUUGGGUAACUUCAGCAUCGGAGACUACUUCAAGAACGACGCAAUAGCCUUUGCCUGGGAACUGGUUACUACCCUGUUUGAAUUGCCGCCAGAACGGCUCUACGUGACCAUUCACCUUGACGACGACGAAGCCUACCAGAUCUGGCGUAACAAUAUUGGUGUGCCCGAGGAACGCAUAUAUCGCUACGGGGAUGGCGAUAACUGGUGGGGCCCUGCUGGCACAGAGGGGCCCACAGGUCCCUGUUCCGAAAUUCACUAUGACGGCGGCGCGGAAAAGGGUUGCAACCCAAUGGUGCCCCCGUUCCAGUUGACCGAAAUAUUUCGUCGCGCGCGAGAGACAGGCGCUGACCAGGACAUUCCGGGUUGUCACCCUAACUGCGAUUGCGAACGGUUUGUGGAGAUGUGGAACCUGGUUUUUAUGCAGUUUUACCAGGACCCAGAACGGAACCGCACUCCUCUUCCUGCUCCAAGCGUCGAUACCGGCAUGGGCCUGGAAAGAGCCGCCGCAGUAUUGCAAAACAAACCUAAUGUCUACGAGACCGAUCUCUUUCAGCCGAUUAUAGAUAUGGCCUGCCAGUUGAGCGGAAAUGCUUACGGCCAGGACCGGGACACCGAUUAUGCGCUGAGAGUAGUGGCGGAACACGCCCGUGCCGCCUCAUUCCUUAUUGGUGACGGGGUUGUGCCCGGCAACGAGGGCCGCGGAUACGUGCUGCGCCGGGUGAUCCGCCGGGCCAUCAGGUACGGUCGCCGUCUAGGCCUGGAACAGCCCUUUUUGACCGAUGUGGCCGGGGUGGUAUUGGAGCGGUUCCGGACAAUUUACCGAGAACUUUCCGAGAACCAUGAGUUUAUUUUGAGGGUCAUAGGGCUCGAGGAACAACGAUUCGGGCGCACAUUUGAGAGGGGCAACGACAUACUUCUAGGGAUGGUUGCCUACCGGGAAAGGACACAAUUUGUAAAGGAGCAGAUAGUCGCUGCGUCGGAUAAGGGAUCAGCACUUCCGUACGAUAACCUGGGAUCCAACGAAUCUGAAAACAUGGGCGCUGCACUUUCCGGAGAAAUUCUAGCCGAGCUCUUGUCGCCAGAAUCGUUGGGUGGAGCUCCAGUUGUUGAUGUAUUGGCGAAGUGGGCGGGAAUCGUAACCGGCAGGGAAUGUUUUGUGCUCUACGAUACCUAUGGCUUUCCCCCGGAACUCACCGCAGAGAUUGCCCGUGAGCAUGGCCUUGAAGUAGAUUCCGAAGGCUUUGAAAGGGAGAUGGGAGCCCAAAGAGAGCAGUCCAGGUCUUCGCAGGGAUUCACCGGUGGUAUGGAAAUACUGACCGCGUACGAAAACCUUGGCAUAGGAACUACCCAGUUUGUUGGAUACCAGGAACUGGAGCAGGAUACCCAGGUGGCCGCUCUUCUGGUCAACAACGAAGCGGCGGGACAUGCCACCAAAGGUCAAGAAGUGGAGGUCCUGUUGGAAGGAACUCCCUUCUACGCCGAGAGUGGCGGCCAAGUGGGGGACCGGGGAAUUAUAUCUGGGCCCAACGGGACAGUUCGAGUCGAAGAUACCCAGAGUCCCGUGGCCGGAUUGAUAGUCCACAAGGGCGUGGUACAAACUGGCGAUAUUUCUUUGGGGGAGCAUGUCGUAGCGCAGGUCGAUGUUGACCGCAGGUUGGAUGCAGCUCGGAAUCAUAGCGGAACCCACUUGCUUCAUGCCUCCUUGCGAACGGUCCUCGGGCCCCAUGUCCGGCAGGCCGGUUCCCUGGUGUCGUCGGACCGUUUUCGCUUUGACUUCAGUCACGUAGGGCCGCUCAAGUCAGAUGAACAAAUGUUGGUUCAGAAUUUGGCCAAUGGCAAAGUAAGAGAGAAUUUGGAAGUUUCCACGCAGGAAAGUACCUAUGCAGAGGCCGUCAGGGAUGGAGCGCUGGCUUUCUUCGGAGAUCGCUACGGGGAUACGGUCCGAGUUGUCCGAAUGUCCAAUGGAGAAGCCUUCAGCGUAGAGGUUUGCGGGGGAACCCACGUCGGGGCUACCGGGCAGGUCGGCACCCUUUUCGUACUGGGUGAAUCCGGCAUUGGCGGUGGAAUGCGGCGUAUCGAAGCCGUUACCGGGCGGGCCGCAGAGGAACUUUUUGUUGAACAGGCUGCGCGGCUUGAGUCGAUAGCACAGAGACUUCAGACCCCGGUGGUUGACUUGGAGUCACGCCUGGACAGUUUCUUGCAGGAUACCGAGGAACUUCGCCGUCGGCUGGCAACGUUGGAAAGAGGAAACCUGAGAACGGAAGCCGAGACUUUGGUGGAGCGUGUACAAGAUAUCGAUGGGAUAAAGCUGAUUGCUGGCCGGACUUCCGCAAACGGUGCAGAAGGUAUGCGGGAAAUGGGCGACUUCAUCAAGACUCGUUUUCCCAGCGCUGUCAUUUGCCUCGGGGCAGUGGUGAAUGGCAAUCCUCUGCUGGUCACGAUGGUUACCAGGGAUCUGGUGGAGAAGGGCCUUCAUGCUGGCAAUCUGGCUCGAGACGCCGCCCGUGUUAUGGGUGGCGGAGGCGGAGGCCAACCGGAAAUGGCCCAAGCAGGAGGGCGCCAGGCAGAAAAGCUGGAUGACGCCUUGCGCCAGGUGGCCGAACUGGUCCGGUCUGAGGGAAGAGGCUGA